UCCCCUUCUUCGCCGCCUGCGUCUCUCGCCUCAGACGUCUGCGCUCGCAUCGUUGCCGCCCACAGCGCCCAGCCGUAUUCCCUCCGCCCCCUGUAACGCAAGCAUGUUGUCCACAAGAUUAUCGCUGGCCCCGCGCGCCAUCGUUUCGCUGUUGUUUACCUUCCUCGCCCUCAGUACACAUGUAUCAGCAUACUUCCUCGUCGAGGAGCCGAAAGCAUCAACGCAGUGGAAAAACGGCGAGGCAGCACCGGUGAAGUGGGACAAGGGCGUCCUCGAUGGCAUAGAUGCCUUCGACCUCGAGAUGGCACGCCUAAGCAGCGAUGGACUCACGUACAUUGCCAUGAACGUCGACACGACGAAGAACGCGAACAAGGUGAUCAACGUGCUGCUCGAAAACAUCCCCGAGGGCGACGACUACUUCCUCGUCUUCCUCAACUCGACCCACGGCCUCAUCCACGGCACCUCCGACCGCUUCACCGUGCUGUCCAAGGACUCGUCCUCAUCCGCAAACGCGUCGUCGCCAGACGCCGCUGCAACUACCGUUACCGUCACCGCCGCGCCGAAUCCGACGAACGAGUGGGCGACGACAUUUGCCCUGCCGAACGGCGCGGUGCGCUUGCUGACGCACGGGCUUGAGAGCGCCUUCGUUGGCGUCUUCUUCGCCAUGCUGUGCUCCGUCGCCGGCGCCGCAUGGACGCUCUUGUAGCGGCAUGGACACUGCUGUAGCGCGCUGGCGGUGGUAGAUGGGUUUCCUGGGGCUACGGGUCUGCUAUACUCUACAUCUCAGCGAACGGGGCGGCACGCAGGAUCACACUGGAAGGGGGAUGUCGCGCAGGGCCUCCCCCGGGUUGUUGGGGCUUAUCGCAGAGCCAUGGACUUCAUUGUAGUGGGAUGCGCGCGGAGCAGCAUAGCCCACCCCUGCUGGCCAUGGGCGCGCUGUUUCGCAACAGGUCUUCUGUGUUGUUGCAAUGCAGUCCCUCUGUCGCGCUACAGUUCCUCCUGGCUGUGCAGGGUGUGUGCCGCUUCGUUUCGCCUUGGACUCACUGUGUACCUUAUGGAGCUUUAUACAUACUACGAUCUGCCCUUGACGUUCGUUUUUUAACUUGCUGGUUUCUUGGCUAUUUAUGCCUUUUGGGAUGAACUAAUUGACGAC